ACCUCUCUCCGUCCGGUGCUUGUGUCUCCAGCCGGCUUCUUCCUCCCCUCCUUGUUUCAUGGCGGGGAAGGGUGGGGCGAUGAUGCCCAUAGCCCGUCCAAUUUGACCCAUGCCGUCCUGGACCUAUAUCAUACGCACACGCGCGCUCUCUACCGCUCCCACCACGCUCUCCCGCAACCUCGUCUCGUCCCGUCUUCUGCUUUUUGCUCGCCUGCGGUGGGAGGGAGCUUUUCGCUUUGGUUUAGGUGCUUCUUUCCCACUCACCACUUUCCUCCGCCCUGCGUGCGGUGUCACGCACACCAAAAGCUCCUGCCUUUGCCUUAUCUCAGCACCGGCACCACCCUGCCCCCGCCCCUAGUGGGAUUUGGUGGGAGCUGCUCUGCUCGCUCCAGCUACUUGCCUCCCUCGCGCGCUUCUUUGCUCCGCUGGUGUUGGUGUUGCCCUUGGCGUUGGGGGCCAGCGUCACUCUCGCCUCGUCACCGCACCUCACCUCGCCGCACCGCACCGCACGCACGCGCGCGCGCGCGGCGCUCUUCCCUUCUCCUCUCUUCCCGGUGGGCUCGGAAUUCGGACGAUUUCUUGGUUGCGUCUGCUUGGGGCGCGGCGAGCGGCGGAUCUUUUGCGGAAUUCCGGCGGGGAAAGGGCGGGGGAUGAACUGCGGGCAGCCGGACCAGCUGCCGCCGGCCACGGCGGGCUUCCUCAACCUCAACUGGGACAGCUCCAUGGACGCCUCCCAUCCGAUGGCCUCCUCGCCGGCCUCCAACUCCGCGGCGGCCACCGAGGGGCUCGCACUCCACGGGAUCUCGCCGCGGCCGCAGCCGCACUACGGCGCCGGCGGCACGCCGCUCGGCUCGCCCACCAAGCUCAACCUCUCCAUGAUGGGCCAGUACCGCCACCACCACCACCACAGCCCCUACCCGCCGCCGCCGCCGCAGGUGGGCGGCGCCGGCCUGCCCACCCUGGAGAACCUCAUGCCCAUGGGCUCCCUCGACCAGUUCCUCGCCGACCCGGGCUUCGCCGAGCGCGCCGCCAGGCUCUCCGGGUUCGGCCCCGCGCAGUUCGGCCUCCCGGACGACGGCCCCGUCGGCGCGCUCAAGGAGCUGGAGCUCGGGAGCGCCCGGGACGACUCGUCGGUGUCCGAUCCGGCGUCGGCCGGCGCCGGGAUGGCGCUCAAGGGCGCCUCCGACAGCAAUGCCAGGAAGCGGAAGGCCGGCGGCGGCGGCAGCAAGGGGAAGGGCAAGGACGCCUCCGUGUCCACCACCUCCGCCAAGGAUCUCCUCGCCAAGGUACGCAAGACACAUACAGAAUUCUGCUCUGUUGUCGAAGGAGCGAGAGGUCGAUCUCACCCUGCGAGCACCGCCGUCGCCGUGGCCGUGCAGGAGGACUCGGCGUCGAAGCGCUGCAGGUCCAUGUCCAUGGAGGAGGCGGAGGAGAAUUCCGGCAAGGGGAAGGCCGCGCAGAGCAGCAGCGAGAACGGCGGGAGGAGGCAGGGCAAGGACGGCGCGUCCAAGCUGCCCGAGCCGCCCAAGGACUUCAUCCACGUCCGGGCGCGGCGCGGCGAGGCCACGGACAGCCAUAGCCUGGCCGAGAGGGUGAGAAGAGAGAAGAUCAGCCAGCGGAUGAAGCUGCUGCAGGACCUGGUGCCCGGCUGCAACAAGGUGGUGGGCAAGGCCGUGAUGCUGGACGAGAUCAUCAACUACGUGCAGUCGCUGCAACGGCAAGUCGAGUUUCUGUCGAUGAAGCUGGCGACGGUGAACCCGCAGCUGGACUUCAACAGCCUGCCCAGCCUCCUUGCCAAAGAUAUGCAGCAGCAGUCGUGUGGGCAGCUGCAGCAGGGCUCGUCGCAUUUUUUCCCGCUGGACGCGUCGGGCGCGCCGCUCCCCUACAUGGGGGGCCAGGGGAGCAGCGACCCUCUCGGCUGCGGCAUGUCCGACGGCGGCGGCAUGGGCGACGACCACGGCGCCAUGCACCCGCUCGACCAGGCCUUCUGCCGCCCCAUGGGCUCCCAGCAGCAGCACUUCCUCAGCGACGCCGCCGCCUCUCAGGUUGGGGCCUUCUGGCAGGAUCUGCAGAGCGUGGUUCAGAUGGACAUGGGGCAGAGCCAGGAGAUCGCCACCUCCUCCAACAGCUACGACGGUGAGUGCAAAUCCAGUUUCAAUUUCAGCCUGAAUUCUGAAGAUCGACAUCACUUUCAACCAAAGAUCCGGAUGCUGAAUUUUGUUCGGUCCUGCCGAUCAGGCUCGUUGCAGACGGUCCACAUGAAAAUGGAGCUUUGACAUGAUGAUCGCCGGGGAGAAAGCUUGAUCCGACUACCACCGACCGCCCUCGACGACCCCCGCUGUACAUAGGGAGAAGCAAAGGCAGGCAGGCAGUCAGUCAAGCUUGCCAUUGAACCAUCCAUGGAAGCGCUCUGAGAUUCAACCUAACAGUGUUGGGCCCUUCUGGUGUAAUGAUUCUUUUGAACAAGAAAGUGACCCGGGCGUGCACCAGUAGCUUAGGCUAGCUCAGCGUAUCAUCAUCAUCAUCAUCAUCAUCUCCUUUCUUGUGCUAAGCUGCUAGCAAGAUCGAUGGGUACAUAGCAUGGCUUGCGCAUGAAUCCAUCCUCGGCCACCCUUCGUGCCCAUUCCCCCUCAAAUGAGAGGGGAUCGCAUUGGAGAUGUGUAAUAGUAUCAUUUGUACUGCCAUUAUAUAUAUAAUAUAUAUAUAUUUCUAGCC